GUAUGUGUGAUGAGGCUUAUCAUAACCCUCAUCAUCGUCAAGUCGUUUUACAUUCACUUCUCCCAAAAAAAACAAAAACAAAAAACCCUCUCCCCAGAAUUCCACGCCUCUCUCUCUCUCUCUCUCCCAAAAAGAAACCCUUUCACAAUUUCAGCUCAAACUAUCCCACCAAGCUUUAAUUCCCACUCUCUAUAUAUUACCCAUCACUUCUUUCUUCUCUAUACAGAUUGGGAGAGUUGGGAGAGAUUCAGAGAGAGAGAUUGGGAGAGAGAUUGAGAGAGAUUGAGAGAGAGAGAGGGUUCCCACUCAAAAAGUUUGAAUUUUUUUACACCCUUUGAGCUCUACUUUGCAAUCCCAUUAAAGGGUUACUACCAAUUUAGUAUUAUUAGUUGUUUUUUGACGAACAUGUGGAUGAUGGGUUACAAUGACGGCGGAGAUUUGAACUUUUCUUCCGAUUCAUUCAAUGCCCGGAAGCUUCGACCUCUCAUUCCUCGCCCUCUCUCUUCUCCCUCCACCAACGAUUUCUUCUCUCAAUUUUAUCAAAUGGGGACUGAUCAGAGCAAGAGAGAGUUGAAUAAUGCACCACCGCCGCCGGUCGUCGUAAGCUCGCGGUGGAAUCCGACGCCGGAGCAGUUGAGAUUGCUGGAGGAAUUGUACCGCCGGGGGACUCGAACACCGUCCGCCGACCAGAUUCAACAUAUCACCGCUCAGCUCCGCCGUUUUGGGAAGAUCGAAGGGAAGAACGUGUUCUAUUGGUUUCAGAAUCACAAAGCUAGAGAGCGGCAGAAACGCCGCCGUCAGAUGGAAUCUUCCGACCAGUCGAUUUGCGACAUUGAAAUCCUCGAACGGAAAGAUUCAGGGUCGGGUAGGACAGUCUAUGAAGUUGAACACACCAAGAACUGGCCUACCUCUACAAACUGCCGUACACUUGUGGAGGAAUCUCUUCCAAUUCAACGCGCGCCAAAAGAUAGCACCAGGACACAAAAUGGAUGCCUCCAUUCUUCGGCAGCCACUCCCGGCGGUGUCGGUGGCGUUGGCAUUGGCAUUGGAGGCUGCAGGCAACUGAUGAUGAACACCGCCCCCAUCGCCGCCACCACCACGACCGCCACAGUUACAACAAUAAUGCACCAAAAUGAUGGGGUUGAAGGAUUAGAAGAAUCAGAAACCCUACAACUUUUUCCAUUGUGCAGUGAGACAAGAAAUGGUGGGUGUGAAACAGUGGAAAGCUCAGGGAUGAACAGUGCUAAUGUGAUGACUCCACUUCAGUUCUUUGAAUUCCUUCCAUUGAAGAAUUGAUUAAGGCAUGAAGUGAUUUACCAAAGCUUUGAAAGUUUGUUCUUUCUGUUUAUGUGUAAGUUGAUUGAUGAAUAGUUUGGUGAAAUGUUUCUUUUCUUUUUCCCAUUUGGGCUUUCAA